AUGGCCACAAGACGCCUUACCCGCCCCGAAUACGUCCCUUCUCGCUGUCGCGCAAAGCAAGGGCAUAGUUGUUGGUGCAGCCCCGAUUGCCUCGUGGUCGCGACGACCGAAUCCGUUCGGAAAGCCAUCGAAAGUGCAUCUGGGGGAGAAGACACCAAAACAAAGCCCUUCCAGCCACAAUCUACGAUUCCGCUGCCUGCACGUCCCACUCACGUUGCUUUUACGGCAAGCGAUGACGCUCUGAUCCUCGCGACGGAGAAUGGAUCUCAGAUCACAAUCUUCCAGACGGACACUCUUCUUCAAGGCAACGCGCAGCCAGCCUUGUCGGUCUCAACCAACGGCGCAACAAUUCGAUCUCUUGCACCAAACCCCGAUCCUUCUUCGACCUUGGUUGCGCUGGUCACAGUCAAUGGGGAGCUUUUGAUUGCAGACCUCAAAGCUGGGAAUUUGGUCUCCGGUGCUAGCGGUUCAGUUCUUCGGACCGGAGUCAGCUGCGUUGCUUGGAGCAACAAGGGAAAGCAGUUGGUGGCGGGCAUGGCCAAUGGAAGCGCGGAUCAGCUCACUCCAGACGGGACGCAGAAGGCGCAACUGCCUCGACCAUCUGAUUUGGAGGGAGAAUGUCACGUGUCUUCUAUCAGUUGGCUUGAAAACGACAUCUUCUUCAGCGUCUACACCCCAAAUGUUCCCGAGGACGACAUGGGCAUUCCUGCGUCAUCUUAUUACAUUAUCACGAGACAAAAGCAAGCUCCGUUUUUGAUUCAAAAAUUGCCCGAGAUUUGUCCGACAAUUGGGUUUAUGUUGAAACGCGCCCCUGCUUUCCAAUUCAUCACACGCUUACGAGAUUACAAGCCACAUCUCAAAGAUGUACUGAUUGUCGCGUCAACUGCAUCUGCGGACGUUGGACUGGUUGUUCGGUCUGAGAAAGAGCUAGCAGAUAACCCUGCUGGGCAAUUUGCAGUAGCAAACGUCAACGAUGAUAUCAAGAGAGCUUCAAUCCCGCUUACGGAGUCCGGCGAUGACACCUCAGUGAUUGGACUUGUGUCUGAUCUUUCUAGCAGCGAGAAGGUGCCUUCACCUCUGCCCGGAGAGGACAUCACCGAGAGCGCAACUCCUUUACCAGCGCUGCUCGCUCUCAACAACGAGGGUAACUUGUCUGCCUGGUGGUUCAUUUACACCGAUUCGAUUCGUCAAAAUGUUGCCUACUCGGGCCUUGUUUCAGUGGGUUCGCAAACCUCGGCUCAGAUGACGCCUUCGCCUGCAGUGUCGGCAGCGACAACAUCAACCCAACAACAACCACAAACCGGGUUUGGUCAGCCUGGGUUUGGAAGCCCUUCGCCGUUCGGCGGAUCUUCCUUCGCCAAACCAGCAGAGAGCGUUGCCUUUGGAAGUACCUCGACGAUGGGAGCUUCGCCGUUCGGUAAACCAGCUGCUCUGUCAUUUGGGAGUACUUCCAAUCUUGGUGGUACGGGCAGUCCUGGUUUCGGUAAACCUUCUCUUGGUCCUUCUGCUGGCACUGCAUUUGGUCAGACCAGCUCUCCGGGACAAGGGGUGCAGUUCGGCAAGUCGGGUUUCGGGGCCCCAAGUACGAGCUCACCGUUUGGGCAGCCUAGUACACCGGCCAAGAGCUUGCUCGGUUCUGCGUCUGGGACAAGCGGUGGCGGAUUCAGCUCAUUCUCCAGUGGAGCUGGAGGUGGUGGAUUCGCCGGAUUUGCUGCUGCAAAGCCUGGGGCAUCUCCUUUCGCAAAGGCUUCGGGUGAAAGUUCAUUUGCCAAGGCAUCAUCUUCUUCGCCCUUCGCUGGUUCGUCUUUGGGUGAGACUGCAUUCAGCAAGGCAUCUUCUCUUUCACCUUUUGCGUCGAAAACACCAAGUGAGACUGCUUUCCCCCCUGCGCAACCCACAGAAGUGAAGAAUCCUUUUGGCUCCGGGUCAGGAUUCGGGUCAAGCAGCGGGUUUGUGUUAGGAUCCUCCUUCAAGGCCGACGGCACGGCUGCAAAUGAUUUGCCAAAGCCAGAAAAGAGUUCAUCAGAUGCCAUGUCUUUUGGUGGAUUCGGGGAGUCCAUCUCAUUGUCAAACAAGCCAUCAACUCCGGCGGAAUCCAUGGAUGACUCGGAGGACAAGACUGUACCAGAGACAGCAAAGAGCAAUGCUUUCUCGAUGUUUGGUCAGUCAAACAAGGCUACAGAUUCAACAACAUCGCCGUCUGGGGCUACUGCAAUGCAGCCCAAGCCCACCAAGUCCCUCCAAACAAAUCAGACGGGCAGCGGAUUCUCAAUGUUUGGAGCUCCUUCUGCCGCACCACCGCGUUCACCAACGCAGCCACAGGCACAAAUUACCAGUCCGCUGUCGGCCCAAUCGGACGUGACAGCGACCCCUAAAGGGGAGCCAUCUGUCCCUUCUUCUGCAUUCGAAGCUCCACUACCGCCGGAUCCUACUACCAAGGCUAGCUAUGCCCCUGGGGAUACCUCGGCCUCGUCAAACGUAUCCAAGAGCUCUGCUGAAGAUGCUCCUCUUCCACCCGACUUUGUUUCGGACAGGAAAUCCCCUGUACACGAAGACGCUCCUCUCCCACCCGACUUUGUCUCGUCAGAAAAGACUUUCGAGGCUGUGGAAGAUGCUCCUCUUCCGCCAGAUUUCACAAGCAAACCCAUCAAAAGCGAGAGUCCGCCACCCGGUAUCCCCGAGGAUGUUCCCGAAGAAGCUCCACUGCCUCCUGACCCGGCGAUCUUCAAGCCAGAAUCUCCCCUUUCAGAAGAGAUCGUACCUGUUCCAGAAGAGUCAGAAGCCGAGUCUCAGGAUGCCGACGAGUCCGACUUCAGUGACAUCGGAGACGACAUAACCCGUGAUGAGGCCAGCCUGCCAAGCCCCAAGCUGUCUGCGGGUGAAUCAUUCGGCGGCCUGUCCGACAAGAGCUCAACCGGGGGACUGUUCAGUGGAUUCUCAAAGGCCUCGCACAAAGAGCAAACGAGUCAGGCGCCGCGGACACUCUUCGGUGAAAUUUCCAAAGGUCCAAUUCUUCCCCCGCCAGGACCAGCAAUCCGCUCUGGCCGUGAGCCGUACCGUUCGCCGAGUCCCAACCGUGUCAAUUCGCAAAGGGGAAAUCUUUUCUCCAAAAAACCGGAGGCUCGCAAGGCAGGCAGUGCUCUGGCAUCCAGAAAGGCUUCAUUGACACAAUACGUUCAACGUGAGGGGCUUCUGCGAAAGUCCAGCGAUGCUGCUCAACAGGAGCGAGCCCGCGCCGAAGCGGCUGCCAUGCAACGAGCCGAGGAGGAGGUCCUUGCUCUCUCCGAUGACGAUGAAGAUGAGAGACUCCGGGCAGACCUUGCUCGCCCUGUCGAGCCUGUCGCGACUCUGGAUCCGUUCCUACCCCACCAAAACUACACUGGUGAUACGGCCAAGCCUGGCGUUCCGGGUAUGAUCGAGCGACUCUAUCGUGAUAUUAAUUCUAUGGUGGAUACUUUGGGUAUCAAUGCUCGGUCCCUGGAAUCGUUCCUCCUCUUCCACCAACCGGAGCACGGUUCUGACGCGGAUGAGUGGGUGAACAUUCUCACAAGCGACGAUCCCGCCCACAUAUUGGAUGAGGAUAUCUUCCUCCGGGAUAUCAAUAUCUUCGACCGGGUCAUUACAGCCAUGGGCCAUACGCUUGACAAGCAGCGUCUUCAAGACGUUGAGGAAAAACUCAACGAUUGUCGAGACCUUUUGACUAAAGAUAUCGUAUCAUUGCGCACUCAAUUCGCCAGCAUACGGAAUACUCUUGACGCCUUGACUGAUACAGGUGCAAUUCUCUCGGCGCCACUUUCUGCCGAACAAGCCACGCUGCAGCAGGAUCUUCGCACGACCUUUACAAAUCUUCAAGGUAAAUUGGCCGAGCUUGAGCAGGGCGUUUCGAUGUUGCGAGCCAAGAUUGCCGAUAUUCCAAGAGCCGAUGGGGCUGGCGCCGUCUCUCGCAAGCGACCCACCGUUGAGGCUGUCUCCUCCACUAUCGCGACCAUGAUGAGCAUGGCAGAGAGCAAGAGCAGCGACAUCGAUGUUCUGGAGGCUCAACUGAAGAAGCUUGGUAUCGACACUUCCGCCUCUGUUCCCGCCAGUCGCGAGGGCUCCCCGUACACCACGCCUCGCAAGGCUGUCGGGCGGUUCCCUACAACACCCGGCUCGCGCGGCUCCGUGGAUCGUAGUGCCUAUCACACCCCCGAGUCUGCGGCUCGCGGCAUCAAUUUCCGAGCCAGUCUCAAUGGCUCUGCAAAGCACAGUCGCCUUCGCAGUGUCGACACCGCUGGUCCUCUGGCCGUGCGGGAAGAGUCCUCCCAGUGGAAGGCCAAGAUCCAGCGACGAAAGCAUCUGAUUGGCAGCUUGAAGGAAGCGAUGGAGAAGAAGGAGAAACGGGUGCGGGAUGUUGAUGAUCUUUAG